UUCCUCGGCGGCGGCGGCGGCGGCACAGCAGCCCCCUCUGUGCUCCAGGCCCGGGGAAAGGCAAACGGCGACGAGAGCAGCCCCUGCUGCCCGCUGGAGCCGGCGGCCCGGUGGGGCGCGGCCAGUGCAUGAGGGCAGCGGGCGGAGGCGCAGGAGAAGAAGAAGAAGGCGGAGGCGGGGGAGGCGGCGGCGGAGGCGGUGGUGAGUCCCUCCCGCCCGCCUGGGCACGGGCAGCCCCUGCCGCCUCCGCUCCUCGCCGGGGCCCGGGAGGCUGAGGCCGCCGCGACGCGCCCGGGACAUGCGGCCUCUCCAGCCGCAGCCAUCGCCGAGGAGACGGAGGACAUGAGGCUCCGCAAUGGCACCUUCCUCACGCUGCUGCUCGGCUGCCUCUGCGCGCUCUUCUCGCUCUCCUGGUACGGGGCCUUCGGCGGGCACAAAGGUGACGUUGUGGAUAUCUAUCAGCGAGAGUUCCUAGCGCUAAGGGACCGCUUGCACGCUGCAGAACAAGAGAGCCUCAAGCGAUCUAAGGAGUUGAACCUAGUCCUAGAUGAAAUAAAGCGAGCCAUCUCGGAGAAGCAGGCCCUGCGGGAUAUAAACCGGACGUGGAGCAGCUUAUCUGAUGAAACAAAACUGAAACUGUGGAACAUCACUAACAAGAAUGUGCUGCAUCUUCCCACCAUCUUUCACCAUUUGCCACAUUUGCUGUCAAAGGAGAACAGCCUGCAGCCGGCUGUACACGUGGGACAGGGGCGCACUGGAGUAUCAAUAGUCAUGGGGAUUCCUAGUGUCAAGCGAGAGGUGCAUUCCUACCUGACAGACACCCUAAACUCUCUGAUCUCGGAGCUCAACCAGCAAGAGAAGGAAGACUCUGUCAUUGUUGUCAUGAUUGCUGAGACAGAUCCACAGUAUACAACAGGAGUGGCAGAAAAUAUCAAAAGCCUGUUCCCCAAUGAAAUACAUUCUGGUCUUCUAGAAGUUAUUUCCCCUUCCCCACAUUUCUAUCCAGACUUCUCCCGCCUCCGAGAAUCUUUUGGUGACCCCAAAGAAAGAGUCAGGUGGAGGACUAAACAGAACCUAGAUUACUGCUUUUUAAUGAUGUAUGCUCAGUCCAAAGGCAUCUAUUAUGUUCAGCUGGAAGACGAUAUUGUAGCGAAACCAAACUAUCUCAGCACAAUGAAGAACUUUGCUCUGCAACAACCAUCUGAGGAAUGGAUGAUUUUGGAGUUCUCACAGCUUGGGUUCAUUGGGAAGAUGUUCAAGUCACUGGAUCUCAGUCUGAUUGUGGAAUUUAUACUCAUGUUCUAUAAAGACAAACCCAUUGAUUGGCUCCUCGACCACAUCCUCUGGGUAAAAGUCUGCAACCCAGAAAAAGAUGCAAAACAUUGUGACAGACAGAAGGCAAACCUGAGGAUCCGCUUCAAGCCCUCCCUCUUCCAACAUGUAGGAACCCACUCCUCCCUGGCUGGGAAAAUCCAGAAGCUGAAAGACAAAGAUUUUGGAAAGCAAGCUCUUCGAAAAGAGCACGUUAACCCUCCUGCAGAAGUGAGCACCAGCCUGAAAACCUACCAGCACUUCUCUUUGGAGAAAGCUUAUCUGAGAGAAGAUUUCUUUUGGGCAUUUACCCCCACAGCAGGUGACUUCAUCCGCUUCCGCUUCUUCAAGCCACUCCGCAUUGAACGGUUUUUCUUCCGCAGUGGCAACAUUGAACACCCUGAAGACAAACUCUUCAAUACAACAGUGGAAGUUUUACCCUUUGAUAGUCUCCAGUCAGAUAAGGAAGCCCUGCAGGAGGGGAGAGCAACAGCAUUCAAGUACCACAGGACAUCUGACGGCUACAUACAGAUAGGCUCCUUUUCAAAGGGCAUUGCUGAAGGAGAAGUGGACCCUUCCUUUGGGCCUCUAGAAGCAAUACGGCUGACCAUCCAGACCGACUCUCCUGUAUGGAUCAUCUUGAGUGAGAUAUUCCUGAAGAAAGCCGACUGAACUUUAAGACAGAUGAUGUGACGCACAACGUGGCCAUUCGCUCUUCCCCUCUUCUUCCUCUCGUCCAUGAAACUGCAGGCAUGGCAGCUUAGGAGCUGUCCACUCACGACGUGGAGAGGUGUGCUGGGAAGGGCACCUGCUGCUCCAAGAACAGGGAGAAAAAGCUGGCGGUGACACUGGGCAGGGCCUUGGUGUUUCCUGACCACUUGACUAGGAGAAGAGAAGCAUUUUCCACGCAUAGGGUGCUGGACUGAAUUAAAAGAAGCGGCACCGAUGCUGGCCGAUCUUGUAUCCAGCUGCUUUGGCAGCUGCAGAGAGAGAACCAUGGAGACAAACUUUCCAUGUAAAAAACUUCUUCGUUUUGUUCCCUUGAGCAAGGACCACAUUGUUCCCACACCUCUUCCUUCCCCCCCCCCCCACUAUCCCGGGUGUUGAUGCCUGAAUGUAUCAUUAAAGGGUGCAUUUAGAAAUACGGGUUUAAGGAGUGUGAAGGCGAAGCAAGAAAGCAACGUGACCACGUCACCCUUAUGAUCUGCGGAGAAGGACUGAAGUGUGUUGGGAGAAAAGCCGACCCCACGUCCGGCCCCUCCAGACCCUCUCAGAGGAUUAAAUAUGGAGGGUAACUGGUCUGGAGCAGAAAAAAAGAAAAAGAGGGUGAUGUGUGGAGAAUGGCAGGGAAAUAAUGAUACCACACUGUGCCUGCCAGGGUUGUACAGGCCCCCUUCAUACAAUACGGAUCAUGUUGAAGUCUCCAGUGUCUUCAUGCCUUGAGAAUGAGUGCAAAGUCCAUCCUUUUAAAUCCAUAUCUGUUAUUUACUGGUUGGUGUGAAUUUUGAAGAAAAAAACCCCAUUUAGGCCAGUUCUCAAAAACGUAGGGAUUAGAGUGUAAUUUAAAACAAAAACAAAAACCCAAUGUCUCUAGCUAUACACUGGAAUGCAUUAUACUACUUUAAUGUGCUGUAUUUUUUAUUAUUGGAUACAUUUGAUUUUUUUCAAGUAUAUCUAUAUAAAAUAUAAAUAUAAAUAUAUAUAAAUAUAUAUAUUAAAAUGUGCACUGUAAAAUUUUAAUUCCA